AUGACCGGGGUUUCCAAGUUGACUACGCCGUGCUUCGAUCCUGGGAAAAUUCCAGCUGCUCCUAACGAUCCUCUGUACAGCUUAGUGUCAGCAUAUGAAGCAGAUACAUCGGCUGAUACAGUAGAUUUGGGAGUUGGGGCCUAUAGGGAUGAAAAUGCGAAGCCUUGGAUUCUUCCGACUGUGCGAAAGGCCAAAGCUAUAUUGGAAAAAGACCCCAGGCAUGACCAUGAAUACCUACCCAUUGCUGGUCUUCCAACAUUCAACUCCGCAGCUCAAAGCCUGAUUCUGGGUGCAGAUUCUGUUGCGAUCAAGGAGAACCGGGUCUGUUCUUUCCAAACUAUCUCAGGAACUGGUGCUGUACACCUCGGUGCCCUUCUUAUUUCGAAGUUUGCGCCACGACCGAGUCCAGAUGUCUAUAUCUCGUCGCCAUCUUGGCCAAUUCAUGACCAGGUCUUCACCAAUGUCGGCCUUCCGGUCAAGCACUAUCCCUAUUUCCGCAAAGAUACCAAAACAUUUGACGUUAGCGGAAUGACACAAACUCUCAAUUCUGCACCGAAAGGCAGUAUCGUCGUACUUCACGCUUGCGCCCACAAUCCGACUGGAGUGGACCCGACGAGCGAUGAGUGGAUAGAGAUAGCAAAGAUUAUGAAGGCCAACGAACUAUUCCCUUUCUUCGACUGUGCCUAUCAGGGCUUUGCCACUGGAUAUCUCUCCCAGGACAAUUUUGCAGUUCGAUACUUUGUUGAGCAAGGCUUCCAAAUUGCAAUCGCACAGUCAUUUGCCAAAAACCUCGGUCUUUAUGGUGAGCGGGCGGGCGCUUUCCACUUUGUUGCAUCUCCUAGUUCAAACGCCUCAUCGACGACGAACCGUGUCGCAUCUCAACUUUCUAUUCUCCAACGCUCUGAAAUUUCCAGUCCGCCAAUUUAUGGUGCGCAGAUUGCUUCCAUCAUUCUGAAUGAUCCACAACUGCUCAGCGAGUGGGAAACAGAUCUAUUGACUAUGUCUGGGCGGAUCAAGAAGAUGAGAAAGUGCUUAAAGGAGGAACUCGACCGUCUACAGACUCCGGGCACAUGGGAUCAUAUUGUCAACCAGAUCGGCAUGUUUAGCUUUACUGGGCUAUCUCCGGCACAUGUGCAUGAGCUACGGGAGAAGUGGCAUGUUUACAUGGCUGAAACAGGCAGGAUCAGUGUGGCAGGUUUGAACGAUCAUAAUGUGGCUUACUUUGCUCGGGCAGUUGAUAAUGUUGUACGGAGAGUGCUCUAG